CACACACUCACACACACAAACACACACAGGGGAGCCAGGCAGCUAAAGAUGGUGAAUGUAAAGAAACGGAAAGGUCGGGUCGUGAUUGACUCCGACUCGGAGGAUAGUGCUAGCGACGAUAAUUUGGAUCAGGAGCUGCUGUCUCUUGCAAAGAGAAAGCGUGUGGAUUCUGAUGAACAGGAAGAGCCUGUUAGUAAACCUGCUGCCUCCACAGACUCUGAGACAUCAGACAGUGAUGAUGAGUGGACUGUUGGAGGUACUAAAACCAAAAAGAAGGGGAAGCCAAGCAAAGGGCUGGAGAAGAAGAACACAGUGAAGAAAAAAAAGGGCAAGGCUGCUUUUUCCGGCAGCUCAAAUGGAGACAGUUCAGCAGAGAGUUCAGCUCCAGAGGAGGGUGAGGUGUCGGACUCUGAAAGUAACAGCUCAUCCUCCAGCUCUGAUUCUGACUCGUCGUCAGAGGAUGAGGUUUUCCGGGAUGGAUACGGAGAUGAUCUGAUGGGAGACGAGGAGGACAGAGCCCGUUUGGAGCAGAUGACAGAGAAAGAAAGAGAACAGGAGCUCUUCAACCGUAUAGAGAAGAGAGAAGUCCUAAAGAGGAGGUUUGAAAUAAAGCAAAAACUGAAGACGGCAAAGAAGAAGGAAAAGGAAGAGAAGAAGAAGAAGCAGGAAGAGGAGCAGGAGAGGAGAAAACUGUCUCAGGUCCCUGACACUCAGGUGGUGAUGUCCCAUAACAAAGAGAGACGGAUCAAGAGAGAUGAGAAGCUGGACAAGAAGUCACAGGCCAUGGAAGAGCUGAAAGCAGAAAGAGAGAAGAGGAAAAACAGAACCGCUGAGCUCAUAGCCAAAAGGCAGCCACUGAAGACAAGUGAGGUCUACUCAGACGAUGAAGAGGAGGAGGAAGAUGAUGAUGAUGAUGACGACAAGUCUUCAGUAAAGAGUGACCGCAGCUCAAGAUCUUCUUCUUUUGAUGAAGAUGAUGAUAAAGAGGAUGCUCCACCCAAGUCCCAGCCGGUGACGUUACCAGAUGAGCUGAAUCGGAUCCGGUUGUCCCGGCACAAACUGGAGCGCUGGUGUCACAUGCCGUUCUUUGCUAAAACCGUUACUGGAUGUUUUGUUCGGAUUGGCAUUGGAAACAGCAGCAGCAAACCUGUUUAUAGGGUGGCUGAAAUCAUUGACGUGGUGGAAACAGCAAAAAUUUAUCAGCUCGGGUCCACACGGACAAAUAAAGGCCUUCAGCUCCGACAUGGAAACGACACACGAGUGUUCAGACUUGAGUUUGUGUCCAAUCAAGAGUUUACUGAAAGCGAGUUUAUGAAAUGGAAAGAGGCGAUGAUUUUAGCAGGAAUGCAGCUUCCUGCUCUGGAUGAGAUCACCAAAAAAGAGCAGUCCAUCAAGGAGGCAGUCAACUAUAAAUUCAACGACAAAGACAUUGAGGAUAUUGUCAAAGAGAAAGACAGAUUCCGAAAGGCACCACCAAACUACGCCAUGAAGAAAACACAACUUUUUAAGGAGAAGGCCAUGGCUGAGGAGAGUGGUGAUGGGGAGAAGGUGAAACUACUGCAGGAUCAGUUGAAUGAGCUGGAGGAGAGAGCAGAAGCACUUGACCGACAGAGAACCAAAAAUAUCUCUGCCAUCAGUUAUAUCAACCAGAGAAAUCGGAGUUGGAACAUUGUGGAAUCUGAGAAGGCUCUGGUGGCUGAGGGACAGAACGCCAAGAACCAGCAGAUGGAUCCAUUCACCAGAAGGCAAUGUAAACCGACCAUGGUGUCCAAUGCAAGAGAUCCCUCAGUCCACGCCGCUAUUCUGGCUCAUCUUAACCAGAAAUAUGGUUCAGGCUCAGGCCAAGACAACAGCCAGCUGGCUAACAUACAGGGCCCGGCUAGCCAGAAAGACAAAGAUGUUUCCAAGCAAACCAGCGACCUCUCUGAGGACCUUUUCAAAGUACACGACUUUGAUGUCAAAAUUGACUUACAGGUUCCUAAUGCUGAAGCAAAAUCUUUGGCGGUGAGUUCGAACUCAUUGCCUGUUAAAGAUGGAGCACCACGCCGAUCUCUCAACCUGGAGGACUACAAGAAGAGACGAGGACUCAUCUGAUCUCUGACUCUACCUGCAUUUUUAUUCUACCCUACGUGACCUGUGCUGGGGUUCUCAGGCUGUGGCCACCCCCUGUGUGUGUGAGUGUGUUUGGGUAUAUGUGGUAGUGUAUGUGAUACAGAGAAAGAAUAAAGGUGUGUGUGUGUGUGCGCCUAAAGUGUGAGACUUUGAGAACUUGUAUGAUCGUUUCACCUGUAUGUGAGAUCAUUAUUCAUGGAUAUUUCAUAACUUUCAGGAAUUUUCCUACAAAGGGUCGCAUUUUGAGAGGUGAAAAGUUCACAUUAUUUACAGUGUGUGCUGAAAUGAGAACAGAAUUGAAUUACCUCCUCUUCUCCCUUUCACAACGAUGUAUGCAGCACUCUCUCUCCCUUUCAGACCCUCACAGAAAUUACCUUGUUUUUAUCCAAACUUGUAAAUGACUAUCUCAAAGGACACUAUUAUAAAAAGACAACACACAUCUUGGGGGGAGUUGUUAUUAGUUUUGAAUAAUGUGAUUCUGUCUGCCCCACUCCCUCGUCCUCAAAAUGCUAUGAAUUUUUUUUUAUAUUUUUUUCUUGUUUUUUUAUCCCCCCAACCAGUGUUUAAUGGGUUGCUAUGACAACCCUGCUUAACUCUGCUUGCUGGCUUAGAGCCAGAGGGGCUAACCAAUCAGAGGGGGAGGCUGACAAUGACAUCACACUCCCUAAAGAAUAACAUUGUUUCAUUUAAGACAAUGAUCAAAUAAACAUAUCUGCCAUGGACAAAAAACAAUGAGAUUUGAUGUAUCUUUUUUCUUCCACAUCCCUCUGUCUCCUUCAGAGCUGAUGUAUGUGUUAUUGAUCAUUAAUUAUUGAUGAUGUCUUAUAGUCAGUUGGUUCUCGUAUAGAUGUGGCAUGCCUUGUAAAUAAGCGAUCUCGAGUGAGUGCGGCUCAAUAAAGGAGGAACUGUUUCAU